AAUGAGCCAUUCGGCUGAUAAUUGAUAGUGUCUGGACUUCAAGGUCAAUUAUCGUUUGAACCUAAAUCCCAAAAUAAAUAGUGCAGCCAAGACUAAAAGUCACAGUAAGUGUCUAACUCUGGAUGUAAAAGAUGUUGAUGAAAUUAACCAUUGUAGCGGUUUUAGGGAUAUUAGCAAGUAGACUUGCUUUACUAGUGAGAUUGCUUGGGUUCCACAAGCACGUGUACAAUCAUAGACCAGGGCCGUGCAGAGUGGUUCCGGGCAUAGGAGAGGGAUCUGAAGAUAUACAAACAUUAUCCGAUGGUCUUGCCAUUAUUUCUGGGGGUUUGAAAAGCUUCGAUGAUCCAUAUGGCAUUCCUGAUAAUAUAAACGGCAGCAUUUACUUGUUUGACUUCAAAAAUCCUGAAGCAAAUGUGAAAGAGUUAACCAUCAAAGGAGAUGCGUUCAACAAGAGAUCAUUUAACCCUCAUGGAAUAAGUGCAUAUGAGGAUCAUAAAUCAGGAAGAGUCUACUUGUUUGUGGUAAACCAUCCACCUGGGGGAGACCAGAUAGAAAAGUUUACAUUUGAUAGGAAAUCUACAAUAUUGACCCAUGUAAAGACUAUAAAACACGAGGCGUUCACCGCCAUGUUAAACGACAUCGUUGCUAUAGACGAGACGCAUCUUUACGCGACAAUGCCAGUUUACGUAAAGGGUAAAAUAGUCAUCCCAAGUAUGUUCUUAUAUCUGAGACUGGGAUUGGUUCUUCACAUUAACAUGGAUGAAGAAACUGUGGAAACUGUAGGGUCUGGGUAUAUGAUGCCCAAUGGAAUAAAUGCUUCUCCAGAUAAGAGACACAUUUACUUGUCAAAUAUGGGUGACAGGAACAUAGUCAUUUUAGAAAGGAAUUCAGACUUCUCCUUGACUGAAGUCAAGACAAUAGAACUCUAUUCAGCAAUAGACAAUAUUGAUGUGGACUCAUCAACAGGUGAUUUGUGGCUAGGUGACAUAGCUAUAUUUCAUAAGGCCAUGGCUUAUAUAUCUGGCCCUAAUAAUAAAGAUCCUGGGGUCAAACCCCCAGCAAGGGUGCUGCAGGUAAAGAUGUCUGGGAACACAGAGCCCAAAGAUAUUACAGAUGUCUUUGUAGAUGAUGAGCUGAUAUUAACUGGAAGUGUUGCUAAUAGAUACAAGAAUGCAAUGCUAGUUGGUAGUGUCAACCAUAACAUGGUCUACUGUCAACUUCAAACAAUUUAAUUGCCAGACCAACUCUCUCAAUCUCCGAGCCUUUCGUCCAGUGCAAUCGUACCUCCUGUGUAGUGAAGGUACGCAACGAACGAAAUGAAUUUUGAGAAUGUAACUCUCUCCCAAUAUGGUAGCUAGAAGCAAAACAGAAAAACAUUUUGAUAUGGUCGAUAUUGAUUGCUUAAAAAUGAAGAGCUCAAUUCCAGUAGGUUGCCAUCUUUUAAGAUUUCAAUCAAGAAGUGAUGUCACAUAUCAGUGAAUUGUAUUUCUGCUUUGAUUAUCAAGGCGAAGUUGCAACCCGAAACACUAAUAAAGGUGACAAAAAUUUAAAGAUGAAGUAAUAAGUACACUACAUUGACAUGUCUUCACUCUUUUGAUAAAUA